AUGUGGAGUGUGAAGCAUUAUAGUCGCCAACAGGUGAAACAAGAAUCGGAAAUUACUCCUGGCUCCGAUAAUAACUCUGGAGAAAGUGAUGAUGAAUGUUUCUUUCCGAUGCCAACAGCCGCAUUUGAUCAACCGGAUAUGCUACCCGAAAUGAAUUUAAAAGAUUAUUUCCCCGAUGGAAAUGAUAAUGUCCACGACGUUGUAUACAAUGCUGAUUAUGAAAAUGAGUCGCCACUACUUUACACAGUAAGCCAUCGAACAGUUAAAUUAGCUGUGAAAGUAAUCAUGAAUUUUGCCUUAGAUGCGAAUUUAGAUAAAUCAAGAACAAUUCGAUUAUUAAAGUUGAUUAAGUCUAUUUUUCCCAACCAAACUUGCUUCCAACAACACAUCAUAAAAUUCUUGGCAAAUUUGGAAGAACAACAUUAUUUACUACAAACCAUUUAUGUUCCAAAUGCUCGGUCAGAGUAAAAACAUCGAAAUACGGUUUCAAACAUUGUCAAAAGAAAAACUCUCGUUUUUAAGAUGCAACAUUGAAGAAUACUCAAUUAACUGAAAUUGUUACAUUAGACAUUCGUUCAACGCUUCAUUCAAUUGUAAAACGAAAUAUGAUAAAAAAUGGAUGACUUAGAAAGAUAUCAUAGAACAUGGUCAUUAAGAUUCUUGGGUUUUCAAGAAGAAAGAAAUGAAAUUAUUCCGAAUAAAAUCACAGCAUUUCUUAAUAAAAAUUUGAAUAUAAAUUUAUGUGA